AUGGGAAUCAGAUUCGUGUUAAUGGUGAACAAGCAAGGGCAGACUCGUCUUGCACAGUAUUAUGAGUACCUCACUCUGGAAGAAAGGCGAGCGCUUGAAGGCGAAAUCGUUCGUAAAUGCCUCGCCCGUAGCGAUUACCAGUGUUCAUUUGUUGAGCAUCGCAAGUAUAAAAUUGUGUAUAGACGCUAUGCAUCUCUGUUUUUCCUGGUUGGAGUCGAUAAUGAGGAGAACGAGCUUGCUAUUUUGGAGUUUAUACAUCUUUUAGUCGAAACAAUGGAUCGACACUUCGGCAAUGUGUGUGAGCUAGAUAUCAUGUUUCAUUUGGAAAAGGUUCAUUUUAUGUUGGAGGAAAUGGUCGUGAAUGGUUGCAUUGUGGAGACAAACAAGGCAAAUAUUCUGGCUCCAAUUCAACUUAUGGAUAAAAGUUCUUAA